AUGAAGAUCACUGUCGCCUUUUUUAUUACUCUUGCGGUCUCUAUCGGAGUCAAUUGUGAUGAUAGCAUCGAUUGGAGUGCUCAUCAAUGGCAAGCCCCAACGGCAACCGACUCCAGAGGGCCAUGUCCCGGAUUGAACACCCUGGCCAACCAUGGGUUUCUACCUAGGAAUGGAAGCAAUAUCACCACUCCUGUGGUUCUCAAUGCAAUCAAUGAUGGAUUCAACUUCCGGCCUAUCAACAUAUUGCGUACUGCCGCAAAGCUUGGUCUUUUGACUACUGAUGCGGAAGAUAGUUUCAGUUUGAGCGACCUUGCACUCCAUGGCACUCUCGAGCACGACGCCUCUUUGUCCAGAAAUGACUAUGCUCUUGGUGACAACAUUCACUUCAACGAGACAGUCUUCACUACCCUUGCAAACUCCAACCCGGGCGUGGAUUAUUACAAUACUACUUCGGCCGCACAGGUUUUGGAACAGCGCUUGGCUGAAGACAAGAUUGUUAACCCAGAUCUCAUCAAUACGUUAAAGGAUUUCUCCGUGCGAGCCAUUGAAUCCGCCUUCUACCUCAGCGUUAUGGGCAACGUGACUACCGGGGUUGCACCGAAGAACUUCGUGCAAAUAUUAUUCCGGGAGGAACGCCUUCCUUUGGAGGAAGGUUGGAAGCCGUCUGAGACGCCAAUUGACGACGAUACCUUGGAUGGAGUCUUGGAAGCAAUCGAAGAUGCAACGAAUUGGGCUCCGUCUGGCGAAGUUAUCUGUCCUUGGAUUAGACUUCAACCAGAAGGCGACGUUACCAUUGUACAGGGUUGA